AUGGCCACAACAAUAACCAUGCACGCCCCGUCACCCAUCCCCGCCCACCUCGCCGCGGCCCUCUCCUCCCUCCCCACCCGCCCUCGCUCACAACUGCAAAACAUCGAACUCCCCCCCAUCCGCCAAGCAGUCCCCGAAAUCGACCUCGCCCCCGCCCCCGUCCCCAUCGACGCCCGCCCCUCGAGCCCUUAUGCACAGAAACGGCGCCUGCUCACCCCCGAGCCAGAGCGCCGCGGCAGAAGCGGAGGGGGGAGCAGCGGGAUGCAGACCCCGUAUCGCACCAGCCCGAGGAGUACGAUGAUGAGUGCGCCCGGGGCACCGCCGGGACCGCCGCCUAUGACGGUUUUUGCAAGUGCGGCGGAUCAGAUGCCGUAUCCCGGCCGCGGAUACCCCGAGCCCGCUGCACCGAGACUAUUUGACCCUCGCGCCGACUACGCGUCGCAAGCCUACAGCCGGGAUCGUUACGACGCCCAACCCUACCCUCCGCCCUCGCAGUACACGGUUUACGACGGCGGCGGUGGCGGCGGCGGGAAGCGCGGGAGGGAGUUCGGGGUUAGUGUCAAUGGGAAUGGGUAUCCGCCGCAGAACUAUGUGGCGGAGACGGGGUAUGGGGUGGAGGGGAUGGGGGAUGGGAAGAGUGGUGGUGGUGGGCGGAAGAGGAGGGGGAAUCUGCCGAAGGAGACGACGGAUAAGUUGAGGGCUUGGUUUGUGGGGCAUUUGCAUCAUCCGUAUCCAACCGAGGAUGAGAAGCAGGAUUUGAUGGUGCGGACGGGGUUGCAGAUGAACCAAAUAUCAAACUGGUUCAUCAACGCCCGCCGCCGCCAACUGCCCAGCAUGAUCAGCAAUGCCCGCGCCGAAACAGCCGCCAACGCCAACGGCACCAGCGGUACCUCCAACGGCGCUGCCGCCGCCAACUCUGCCAGGGAUGAGAGCGAUGGCUCCAGCUACGGCGGGGAGUACGGGACUGAAGGGGGCAGUCCGGGGAGAGGCGGACGCUUGUGA